CCUAAUCCUCAUCUCGCUUUCCUGUUCCGUAUCGAAUAGCUCCUACCAUACGAUAUGAACGCGGCAGAGUUCAACCAAGACCAGCUUCGCGAGCUAAUCCAAGGCCCGAGCGAUGUAGAAUGGACAUAUGAAAUGAGGCGACAGUGUCAGGAGAUUCUGCCUCACCUGUUUCUUGGUCCCUUGCAAGCUUCGAAGUCGCUGGAUACCCUCAAGUCCUUUGGUAUCACGCACAUUGUUUGCAUACGAGACGCGAAGGAGGCGUUCUCAGUACGGCCACGAUUCCCGGAGCAUUUCCAGUACAUGGUGUUGGACGUGCAAGACAGCGAGGAGCAGAAUCUCAUCCGCCUAUUCCCCCAGGCAAAACAGUUCAUUGACGAAGCCAUUUCGAAGGGCGGUUCUGUGCUCGUACAUUGUAAUGGUGGAAUAAGCUUGUCUCCCUCGUUCGUUGUGAUGUACGUCAUGCAAUAUUACAACCUGUCCUGGGAGGACGCCUUGCACCUGGUCCAAAACCGGCGGUACUGCAUAUCGCCCAACGGCGGCUUCAUGACCCAGAUCAAGGAAUACGAGUCGAUUUACAAGGCCAAGGUAGCCAUCGCGUCCCAACCGCAGCAGCGCGUCUUCUCCGUGCGGAGGAAGCGUUCGGAAGAGGACGAUGAGGACAAUAUUCAGAGGGACGGCGAGCGCACUAAGCGCGCUCUGGUGGACGAGGAUGACGACGACGACGCUAUGCAGACGUAGUCAACCGACUUCACCGCAUAUGUCCUACGUGCUGCCGUGGCCUGAUUGGGCGACGCUUGGUAUCUUAUAUUUGCUCUGGUAAUGUUUACUACACGAAUACCUGGUUAUCAUGUUCUCCGUACUUGUCUGUCGCUGUGUGGAUGCUUGUCUUUGAAAUAUGCAAGCUGACGCGAGACUGUCAUAGCAAU